CUGUAAGUUUUACUGGUCAAUCGUGGAACGCAGAAAUGAGUUUAACAACACGCUUGCCGUUGAAAAGUAAAUCGCAAAUAGUAGUUUGACAAACUUAUAAAUAUUUAUUUUUGAACAGAAACAGAAUAGUAUCAAUACGUUUGCUAUCGUCAAUAGUUAGAAAUAAUAGUCGUUCCGUUUACAAAUAAUAGUUACAUUUUUUGUAUUUUUGUACUAACCAUGGAAACAUUCGAUCCUAAAAACUGUAAAAUUCUCAAAGAAUUUUUGACUUCUGAUGAAAUAAAAGUGAUAGAUGAUCAAGUUUGCUUCAAAUUAGAAAAUUAUCUCCAAGACAAAUGUGAAGAACUAUUCACCGCUAAAGCAGUGCUUGAAACAUAUCGAGUUAAUACAGAACGUGACGUAAAAAAAUUGGAAGAAACCAACGAAUCAUGUCAAGAAAACUUGAAAAAAUGCGAAGAAAAAUUAGAAUUAGCUAAGAGAUACACGAAUGAUCUUCAUGGGCAAAUAGAAAAUUUGUCAGCCGAAGUUCUUCAAAGCAAAGCAACUAUAAAAAGAUUAGAGGGAGAAAAUUCCGAGUUGAGAAAGCAAAGAGAUGUUGUCCAAGAAGAAAGCAAUACUCUUCAUUCUCAAUUAGACCGCAAAGAAGCUGAACUGAAUCGCCUGAAUAAGGAGCUCGCGUCUCUAGGAGCUCAGUUGGAAAAGGCCAUCACAGAAAAAUGCAAUGCUCUCGCACAAUCCGAAGAAAUUCGCAGCAAGGAACUGUCUCUGGAAUAUAGAGAAAAACGUUUUCAUCAGGAAAAAACGAUUCUGGUUCAACAAAUUUCCGGUUUGGAAGAAGAGCUAGCUAAACGCACAAUGGAAUUGCAGAAUGUUAGAUCAGAUUCGUCUACACAUUUGUUACUUAUUCAAUCGCGUUUGUCGCAAUGUGAAGAAAAUUUGAAAGUGUGUAAUGAAACAAUUACAAAUCUCCAAAACAAUAAUUCAAUUUUGAAUCAACGUAAUGAAGAACUGAAUCAAAAGUUGGAAGAACAACGAAAUAAUGAAUUGACAAUGCAUGCCUCAUAUGAGGAAGAAAUAUCAUCUCAGAAAAAAUUAGCUGAAAUUUUCAAAAAAAUUUCCGAAGAAGCAAACGAAAAAGCCGAAGAAUAUGGAAAAGCGAUUACUGAACUGCAAGUAUUGUUGAAACAAGCAACUGAGCAAUAUGGUAUAUUGGAAACGAAACAUCAUCAAACUAUCAUGGAACAUAAAAAUGAGAUGGAACAUGAAAUGCAAAAAAUGAAUGAAAUUAAACAAGAAUUACUCGAUUCUCGCAAUUUGAUAGAAUCUCUUCAAAAAGCGAAUUUGGACCAAAGUAUCGAGGAAUUGGCUCCAACAGCAGCUGUAGCAAGUAAAAUAUUGAAAAAAGGUUUGAGUUUAACCCAAAUAUACACUCAAUAUGUAGAUACAACGAAUGCCUUGACUUCUGAAAAAGAGGAAAAUAGUAAAUUAAAGUACCAGAUGGAAAUGAUUCUAAAAGAGCUGGAAGAAAAGGCUCCUUUGAUAAAACUUCAACAACGCAACUACGAAGAGGCCAUGAAAAAUGUAAAUGAAUUGACUUCUAGAUUAGAUGAUCUAAUCGUAGAAAAUGACAACCUGCAAGUUAAUGCUAAAGAAGCAGAUAGACUAGUCAAGCAUCAUGCAGCUGAAAACCAGAGGUUGAAAACUGAAAUUAAAGACUUAGCUCGUCAAGUUUGCUAUUUAUUGCAAGAAGUGCAGAAUUCUCGUGUACCGAUAAAUAACGAAUCAUUAGACAGAGAUUGCUCAAUGGACUUAAAUCUUUCGGUUUCUUCUCGUAUUAUAAGCAAACAGUUAGUUACUUUCAAAAAUAUUGAAGAACUCCAAGAAAACAAUAAAAAAUUAUUGUCUUUAGUACGAACCUUGUCGUCGAGGCAAGAAGAAACUGAAAAAACAACUAACAAACUAAAUGUAGAAGAAAUGCGAGAAAAAAUUUCAAGAUAUGUUCAGCAAUUGGCAGAUAUGCAAGAAGCUCAAAGUAGACAAGCCAAAAUGUUAGAAGAAAUAUUGAGGCAACGUGAUUUGUAUAAAAACAUGUACAAAAACCAAGCGGGUCAAUUGCCGUCAGAAAAGAGUAUUGUGGAAAUGAAAAGCCAGAAUACUAAUCAAAAUGAACAAGAAAAUACUUCCCAACUUAAAAACUCGAAAGAUCUACAAGACCUGCAGCUGAAGUAUAACAAUUUAGAGACAAAAUAUACAGAUAUUCAGAAGGAAUUUGAUCUGUAUAAAAAAGAAAAAGUAGCUCAUGUACAAUUACUGAAUGAUGAAAUAGAAAAAUUGCGUGAAAAUUGUGAAAAAUACUCAACUCGAAGUUGUAUGCUUAAAGCCCAGUUAGAGUCGAUUACUGAACGCUUUGGACUGUUGCAAUCCAGUGCUGCAUCCCAUAAAACUCAAAUAAAAAUGUUGGAAGAAAAAUGCAAUUGUUACAUAGCAACCAUCAGCAAACACGAACAAAGCUUAAUACUUUUGAAAGAUGAAACGUUAUCUGCUCAGAAUAGACUGUCAAAAGCAGAAAUUCAAUUAGAAAAUCUUAAGCAAGAAAAGCAACUUUUGAGAGAUUCUGAAAACAGACUUUUGAAAGAGCGAGAAGCAUUACAUCGGGAGAGGCAUACUCAUGACCUUCUUAAAGCUGAUGUUGAAUCUAUCAAGGCAAGUUUAGAGAGGGUAAAUGCCGAAAGUAAUCACCGAACGGAACAACGUUUAGAUGAUACCAUUCGUGAAUGUUCAGCUUUGAGGCGACGUUUGCAAGAGGAACAAGAUCAUUUCCGCGAUCAUACUGCUCAUUUAGAAAGACAACUUGAGACUUCUAAUCAACGGCUUGAAGAACAGAAACACAUCACUGCUCGAAUCGAGUCAGAACUCACUAAAUUACGUUCAGUAGAAGAAGAAUACGUAAAAAAUAUUGAUCAAUUAAAUAUGAAAUUGAAAGAAAUGACGAAAAUUGCAACCCGAAUGCCGCAGCAAGACGACGAUGAAAUGAGAAAAAAACUUGAAAACAUGGAGGCCAAGUACGCUGACUGCCAAACUGAAAUAAAGUCUCUAUUGAGUCAACUGGAAGCUGCUAGGGCUCAAGGACAACAGUAUUGUAAUAUUGCAGAAAGUUCUGAAUCACACUUAAGGGAAAGUAUUAAAAAAUAUGAAGAGGAAAAAACACUUUUGGAAAAUGAACUGAGCAACGUGAAAAAUGAAUUAAAUUCGACAAAAUUGAACUUGGAGAAACUUCAAAAUGAUAACAUGGAAAAUUCUACAUCCUCGAAUCUUUGUUAUAAAAAUUUGAAAGAAAAACUCGCUAGUGCUGAACGUGAACUAAAAGCACUUAGUAACUUGAAAUCCGAAUUAGAAGAAAGUAAAAAUAACUUAAAAAUAGCUUACGCUAAUAUUUCAGAACUUGAAAACAAGUUCACAAAAGAAAUGUCUUCACAUUCCGAUGACGUAAAAUUAUUGUCUAAAAUAAAAGUCGAAAACCAAGAGCUUCUUAAUAAAAUUUCAUUAUUUUCACGGCAAGAAAAUCUAGCCAAAGAAGCUUUAGAACUUGAAAAAUCAAUGUGGCAUGAUCGACAACAACAAUUUUCUUUCGAAAUCAGAGAAUUACAAGAAAGAUUGAAUGAUGUACUUGAUCAAAAUAAUAUACUACACAAUACGAUUCAAGAAUUCAGUGAACAAACUGCCUUAAUGCAAACCCUCCAACAAUCUGAUAUGAAUUCCAGUUUUUCUUCAGUGAGUUCAAGAGUGAGUAAUCCACUGAUGAGUGAAGAGCCCUCAAAUUCAACUGAACAGUUACUUCAAGUUAUAAAGUAUCUUCGUCGCGAAAAAGACUUAGCUGUUAUUAAAUUUGAUGUUUUGAAGUCAGAAAAUUCAAGAUUAAAAUCACAAAUAGAACUAUGUACUAAAAAAAAUCAAGAAAUGAAAGAAUUGUUCGACCAGGAACGAGAAAAGAGUGAAAUAGAUAUUGUAACAGCAUCAAAACACUCCGAACUUUUAAGAAAAAUAGAAACAUUAAAUGCCAUUACUGAUUCUAAUCGUAUUUUACGCGAAGAAAGAGAUUCACUUCUUUCAAAAGUAACUAAUUCAACUAAUCAACUCAAUAGUUUAUUAGAUGAAAUAACUCCUCUACGCGAAAAAAGUACCGAACUUGAAGCAACAGUUGAUGUUUUGAAACAAGAAAACACAAGCUUAAAGGCCGAAGCUUUGCGUUGGCGUCAAAGAGCUAAUGCUUUAACUGAACGAUCGAACAAAGCUAGCCCAGAAGAUUGGCGUCGUUUGCAAAAUGAACGCGAUAAUCUUUCUAAACUAUUAUCUCAGGAAAAAGAAACAGUUUCAAAACGUUCAGAAGAAUUGGACAAAGUUAAAAGUGAAAAGAAAAAUUUAGAAGAUCAAAUUACCCAAUUGCAAACGCAGCUGAAAACGUACGAAGAUAAAAUUGCCUUACUGACUAAUGAAAACCAAAAGAUGAAAAACGAAAUUGAAGAGUCAUUGCUCAACAUAACUGGCAAAAAUAAAGAAAUUGAUUCGUUAAAAUUAGAACUUACUGAAAAAGAAUCAUCACUAACCGAAAUUAAAAUGAAAGAAAUACAAAUUCGUAAAAUAGCAAAAAAAUAUAAAACACAAUACGAAGAUUUAAUGAAAAGUAGGGACGAUGAAACAAAGAAAGAUGCAACUAAUGUACAACUUACUGAAGAACGCACAUCUGAUUCCGAACAAAAAUCAGAAAAUAUUUCGAAUUUGCAACAAACAAACUUAGAGUUGAAUGCAAAACUCACCGAUUUGAAUCAACAAAUACUUUCUGCAAAAUCUGAAUCGGACGAUUUGAAACGGGAAAUAGAACAGAUUAAUAACGCCAACAUCGAAAAAGAAGAACGUGCCAAGCAAGUACUCAAAGGGGCAAGAACUAAAAUAAUGCAAUUAACAGAAUAUAAAAAAUUAUGUGAAAAGGAAAUGCUUGAGUUGAAAGAAAAAUUAGAUUCGAGUACAACUGAGAAUGAAUCUCAUGCCAGUGAAUACGAAGCUAAAUUGAUGGCUCUGAAAUCUCAAAUGGAAAGUCGAAUUUCACGCUUAGAACAUGAGCGAUUGGAUCUUCAAGCGGAAAAAGAAGUUUUAUUGCAGCGUGCUGUGUUAUUACAACGCCAACUUUCUGGACAAAUCAAUUCUGGUAUUGGAACAACAGAUCCACCAACGGCCAAUAUAAAACCAAUGUCUGCCCGAACUGAGACUCCGUUGGCUAGCAUACGCCCGAUGAGUGUAGUUGUACAAUCUCGAACCGCGGCCGUAUUACCUACUACUGUUGGAACCUCUGUACAUUUAAUAACACAACAAUCUCAACAACUUGUGCAUACAACGGAAACUAGUUCACCUACUAGCUCACACAUGGAUUAUCAACCAGCUAGCACAAGUCGACAGCAUACUCUGCAAUCUCAUUUAGGAGAUUCAGCCGAGUCGACGCAGCGCGAAGAGACCGAUACCUUUGAAACAGGAACAACGUUACAAAAUCAAUUGCAACAGCAACAGAAUCAAUCCCAAGCCGUAGCUUUAGUAAGUCCCCGCAUAGAAGCGCAUCAACAAACGCAAUCCUUGACAAAUGAGCAACAACAAACUAUACCAAGUAGCUCAACUCAAUCAGUCAGUACCUCGCAUACCAACAUACCCCAUAAACGGCCACGUUCAUUUGAAUCGACUGUUACUGGAGUAAAUUUGAAUGAAACACUCGACCAUUCGAGAUCGGAACCAAUUCUUAGUCCGAAGAACAAAAAAAGUAAACAAGAGACUAUGACUUCUACUAUUGUAGCCAGUGCUUUGGACGUUGAAUAUCAGGUUCCUACGUCGAGUCAAAGAGAUCAAGACGAUGACGUCGAGGAAAACUGUGGAAUGCUAGAUUGUGAUGAAGGUCCUGAAAACCAAACUAUUCAAGAAGAAGAUUUUGAUAACGAAGAUUACGGUGAACUUGAAGAAGAGGAAGAAUUACCUUUUAGCGUCGAGGUUGGCGAAGGAAACAACGAAGUAGAAAUAAUUAUUGACGAAUCUGCCAAUGAAAACGUUUCUAGACACUUACAAUCGAACACUUCGGGUGAUGUUAUACAUCAGUCUGAGGCUAUAAGCAGUGCUGGGUUAGCGGGAGAUUCCUCAUUCGUUGGAAGAAUGACGCGAAGUAUUGGACACAUGCAAAGGCCUCAACCACAACUUUUAUUGCAAGGAUUUGAUGAUAUCGGUGAUGAUUGUAUAGUACCUAGUACUCCUACCCUUUUCGUACCUCGACGAAUUGAUAGUUUUGGAGAAACUGUUAGCUCGCCUCAAGUGCCUCAUACAAGAUUUACGUUUGGAGACUCUUCCACUUCGACGACAUCAUCAUUAGUCCAAUCACAAUCAUCGGCAUCUUUUAGUAAUUCAAGAAGCAUGAUGAACGUUUGCAGCUCUGAUUUAGCCCAAAUCGUCCACGAUGGCAUUGAUGAUUCAAGAGUUGAUCUUUCGGAAUUGGACAAUGAAAAUCAAGCUCCAAAUGAGCCAAUUACACAGCAAUCUGAUUCUCCCAACGAAGAUAGUAUUUUAAUGUUAAAUCAGCCAAGCAACGUACCAAGCUUAUCACAAGCUGUAGUACCUGAAGAAGAUUUACGUCAGUGUGCCGAAGCAAGUAGUGAUUCUAAAACUUCUAAUAAUUUAGAAGAAUCUCCUUGUAAACAAACGGAAGUCAAAUCCUCAGACGAACAUGAGCAACCUACAGAGGACAAAGUUUUCAAUCCAUUACCUGAAGAAGAAUGUAGCUUUUCUCAGCCUACCGUAGAAACAGCAACACAACAACAGUCUCAAACUACGCCUGAUGACACGAGUAAUAACGAAUCGAGGGAAUAUAAUUCUGAAGCUGAAGCAUCAUCUGCCGAUAUCACUCAAGCUACUCCUGCUUCUGAACUGUCUUCUGAUAAUGCAUCAAUGCCAAUGAGAGGAGUAACAACUCGAAGAUCAGCGAGAUCGUCUUUUAGAGCAAGUCGAGGAACUCGGCCAACUCCAAUUGUGUGGGAUUCACAAUCUCCAUCACGAGGUCAGAUGACAAAUAGAGGAAUUUCUAGAGGAGGAACUAACGAUGGGACACGUUCACGAAGUUUAAGAGGUCGAAGAAUGCGAGCAAAACAUCCCUAUGGCGGCUAUUAAGCUUUCAUUAAUUUUAAAACUGUAUUUUAGUCACAUAUUUCCUGUAUAGAUUAGACAUUUUUAUACAAAUUGCGUUACCUUAAUGAAUGUUCAUUGAAAAAAUUUCCAUGCUAAUAAAUUAAAAUUUG